CAAAUGUAAACAGGAACAAAUUACACAUAUUUUAAGGUUAACAAGUGAGUGAUGUUCACUGAGUUACUGACAGUAUCAGGGGGCACAUACCUCCCAAAGCUUGUCCACUGUCCCUUGAAGAAAUUAAAAAAAAAUUAUUUUAUAUAGGCCUAUACAAAAUAUAUGCUUUUAUUAGUGUCCGCCACCCCCUCUCUGAAUUUUUUUUCAGCCGGAUAAAACAAUGUUUUGACUGUAAAUUUUUAUAUUUGGUGCACCCACUAUGUGACACUAGUGUUAAUAAAUGUGAAUUUAGUUUUAACUAUUGAAGGUUAAUAAAUUAAAAAAAAAAAUCAUUGAAGGGUAGUUAAACUGGUUAGAACAAGCUCAGACUUUUACUAUUUUUAUCACUACAUUCAAAGCCAAAGCCUAAAGAAAAUUUAUUGUUUUACAAGCUUAUAGAUAAUAAGGUGUCUUGUUAUUGACAGUUUGUAGGGUAAACAUCUGAAUAUUUUAUACUGAAAAAUAAUUCAUCAUAAGACAUCCACAAUGAGCAUCAUUGCAAGGAGUGUAAAAAUUGCCCACAUCUUAGGGGUUCUCAUGUUUUCAAGUAUCUGCAUUUAUAAGUUACUUGCAAAAGGGGAACCUGUUCAACAAGGUGCAUUAACAAUUGUUAAAGAUUCAAAUGAAAAUUAUAAUGAUGAAGAUGAUGGUGUUGUAACAGAUGAAGAACCACAAGAAUAUGUUGAUGACAAUAUUGAACAGUUUGAACCAACAGAUGAAUGGAAGACUGUAAAAAAAGGUCAAAAAAUACCACCUGGACUUCAUGUUCGCAUGGACUUUAAGACUGGACUCAAGGAAGCAAAGUUAAUGUCUGAUUCAAAAUCAAAUGUUGAACAGUGGGAUGCAGGAGAAAAUAUUGGAAUCAUAAAUACAGAGAAAAAAAGAUUUACAAGAGAUGAACUGAAAGCUGCAUUGAAAGAUUUUAAAUACAAAGAUGAAACAAGUACACAGGAAAAAGAAAAUGAAAUUAAGAAAAAGUUUCGAAGCUAUGAUGAACUGAAAAAGGACUUACAGGAUAUGCAGAUGACUAUGAAAACUGAAGGAGAAAUUGUGACAGGAUUAGUGAAAAAAUUAAAAGCACCAGGUGUUGAUCAUGUACAGCUCAAAGUUUUGCUUGUUGACUUGGAAUAUUACUUGCAUCAGAUUGAUAAUGCAAAAAUCUUCUCUGACCUUGGAGGCCUGCACAUACUUUUAAAUCUGAUCAAUAGUUCAAACACUGACAUCCAGGAAUCUGCUCUACAUACACUAGGGGCUGCUUUACAAAGCAAUGCAAAAGUUCAAGUAGCAACUAUGGACAUUGGGAUAAUGCAGCAUUUACUAAGGACAUUAUCAGUUGAUCCUAAUGAUCGUGUUCGCAAGAAAGCUCUUUAUGCCGUCUCAACUCUUAUACGUCAAUUUCCAUUUGCACAAAAGAAAUUUCUUAAAUUAGGAGGUCUUUCUGCUCUAGCAAAUUUAUUUACAAGUGCCAAAGAAGAAAACAUUAAGAUAAAAAUCAUAACUUUAUUGACUGACCUGUUGCUUGAAUAUGAUUGGAAUUUAAAGCAAGGUACUUCAACUGAUCCUGUUCAACAGCAAAGGCUAAAUCAAUAUAAAGAGGUUCAUCUAAGAGAAAGCAUGUCCACAUCAGGUUGGUGCAGUUUAAUGACAUCCCUCCUCCAUUCUCCCACUGGUCACGACAGUGUUGAGAAGAUCGUCAAUGCCAUGUCCACACUGGUUGGGACCUGCAAAGCUGAGUUUGUGCCAGCAAGAACUAAACUUCAAGCCCUGCUUGGAGAGUAUCAAAAACUUGCUGAGGAUGAAAUUCAAGAAGGUUCUGAAGAUCUGUAUCAUUCCAUUUAUUCUAACAUCAAAAGUUUAGUUCAAGAAAUAUACAGAGAAGAUUUGUGACUUCUGGUUUUGAAUUCAUACUUAUGAAAGAUGUCUUUUUGUUCCACCACCAGCAUUAUUUGUGUCUAAUAGUGCAUUCAAAUAAUGGAUGGAGAAAAUUGAACUAUUGGUAAAAGGAUAUUUUCUUUUUUUGUCUGUGAAUAUAAUAUAAAAGCUUGCUUUUGUCAUAAGCCUUGUGUGAUAAAAAGUUUUGAAAUGCUGCAAUUGAAUAAGUCUUUCUGAUAGUUAAUUGAAUACUUCUAUUCUUGACUACAUGGAAUAUAAUUAAAUGUAAACAGCUGUUAGGAAAGCAAAUAAAGAAAUGAAGAAUUAGUUUUAGAAACAUGAAAUACAUUUUUUUGUUAUGCUACACUGUCUUGUAAAUAAGAAAAGUAUCUUAGAGUGAAAGAAUUAAGUUAAUUAAAUACAAAAGAAAUGCAGAGAUGUAACUGCCUAACAAAAUUUUCUUAACCUACUCACAGUAUUUCCCAGUUUUUUUAAAUUUUUAAGGACAUUUUACAGUACAUUUAAAAAGAAUCAGGCUCUGAUAAAUUGUUGUAACCAAAUAACAGCAGGAGAAGUCUUAUUAUUUUGUUAAUCUUACAAUAGGUUAAUAAUUUAAUAACCCCCUUUCACCUUUGGCAUACAUGCCUCCUAAUGUGUCAAACCUAGGACAAUUUAGGUUUUUUAUUGCCUAAAAGUAUCCCCCUUAAAAUUAAAUAUUUAAAUAACACAGAAUUGAGAGAGCCUGGACACCACUGUGCUUGUGUGGUCAGACGAGACACAUUAUAGUGCUCACUGUGUGACCAUGAGAGCAGGUGAAGGGUGGUUUGUUAUGAAGACAUGUAGCAAAAGUGUCCACAAAGUUGAGUAGAAUAUUAUAACUGAUCUCUGAACAUUUCUAUUUCAUAUGAUUUGCAUUUUCAAUAUUUUGCAAAAUUAGUUAGAGAAUAGAUUAAGCGAAUAAGUUACCCAACUCUUUUGACAAUUUUUCUCAAAUGGAAAAGCAAAAGUUUUGUGUGCAGGCUUACUGUUGUUUUUAUUUCAGUGAAAUCUGUUGAUCUAUGUAUAAUUUAAAUAAAGGUAGCAUUAAAAAGUAAUUCAUUAAAUGAGAUCUUUUCCUUUGUAAGUACAGCUUCUUUUUAAUUCUUAAACAAAUAUAUUACUGACAAAUUUAAUGUGAGUUGGUUUAAAAAUCUUGUGUUAUGAUCAUGUGCACUCCUGUCCACAGAUUUCUCUGUUAUACUGUUUUAUGUCCAUCCAAUUUUUUUUCCAAUUUGACAUUACAUUUUUCUUACAAUAUAUAUCCUACCUCUAAAAAAUGUUUUUCUUGGUGCUCAUAACCACAUCAUUUUUUAGACCUUUCUGAAAGUUUGACAGCUUUCUCUUUUUUUAACUUCAAACUUUUAAAUUUUUUAAUAUUUUACACAGCUUAAAAAGCAAACACUGAAAAAUAAUUUCACUCACUAACUAUAUAAAAAUUGCUUUGUUCAAAUGCUUCCAUUAAAUCAUAAAAUUUGUUUCUAUUUGAAUAAGGCAAGCGUUACACAUCAAUACAUUUUCACAAAUUUCAGCAUCAUUUCAGUCAUUCUGUAUAAAGUACUAUAAAGCAAACCUGUGAGAAUCAAUUAUUUGUUUUUUAUUUUUAGUGGAAAAGAAAUUGUUGAAAGCUACUCCCCCCCCCCCCCCCACAAAGUAUUGCUGUUAAAAUCAAUAAAUCCCCCCCCCCCCAAAAAAAAAUUAAUCUCAGGCUAAUAUAACAUUGAUUUCUUACUGCUGCUUUAUUUUAAAAGGUUCUUUAAAAUUUAAAAAAAAAAUAGCUAAUUUGUGAUGCAAUGGCAAGUGCUUUUUGUUUUCUUGGUAAACUAAAAAGAUUUAAAAUUAAAAAAAAAAUGUUCUUAUGGCAAGGAAAGUUUGGUAAUGAUGUCAAAAUGGUUAGUUUUGUGUGAAAUCUGAUACUCAUUAAGUUAUGAAAUAAAAUGUAAAAUUAUAGGAACUUAAAAAAAAAAUAUGCACUACAUUUGUUUAUUUUUUAAUGUUUCUAAAUAAAAUUAUGUUUAAAAACUACAAUAUACACCAGUAGAGUAAUUUUGUUACAAGUAUUAUUUAUUAUAUAUUUGUAUGUAUGAAAAUUGAAAGUAGCAGUAAGUGUGUGUCAGUAUGUCGUAUGCAUUGCUACAU